GGCUGGUUCCGGGUUCAGAGGCUGUGCUGGACCGAAGCUGUGGCCGCUGAGCUGGUUCGGGUAAGGGGCCGCGCGGGGCCGGGAUCUGCGGCCAGAGUCGGGCAGCUGAGCGGGCCGGCACCCCUCCUCUGCUCUGCCGGGCACAGCCGCGGUGCGGCUGAGUCUGGCUGCUCUGUCCCGCAGAAUUCCCCAUCCCCAGCUCGACCCCCGCUCAAAGCUGUCCGGGUCCCAGGAUUCCAGCCCCACUGUGGCCUCCGCCCCCUUUCGGGAUCUCCUCCUCGCAGCAUCUAUCCCUUGGGACUGUCUGGUCCUCUAGACCCUCCUCGCCUGGAGCCCCUUCCUUGGGACGCCCUCGGCCUCUCUCCUCCAGCGCCCAUCGCUGGUGGCCACCUAGUGCUUCGAAACCGAGCUCUGGGGCUCGCAUCCCGGGUGGCCCCUACUCGGCACCGAGCCACGGUGCCCCCCGCGUCGCAGACAGCGCCCCCCGCACUCCCAGGCGCCUGUCGCCCGUGCCUCCCUGGGCCUGGCCCCCGGGUGCCGCCCCCGAUCGCGCCGCGCCGGCUGCCGGCCUCCCGGGCUCCGCUGCGCACCGCCCCCGGCGCCAUGGCGUGCAGCCUCAAGGACGAGCUGCUGUGCUCCAUCUGCCUGAGCAUCUACCAGGACCCGGUGAGCCUGGGCUGCGAGCACUACUUCUGCCGCCGCUGUAUCACCGAACACUGGGUGCGGCAGGAGGCACAGGGCGCCCGUGACUGCCCGGAGUGCCGGCGCACGUUCGCCGAGCCCGCGCUGGCGCCCAGUCUCAAGCUGGCCAACAUCGUGGAGCGCUACAGCGCCUUCCCGCUGGACGCCAUCCUCAACGCGCGCCGUGCUGCGCGACCCUGCCAGGCGCAUGACAAGGUCAAGCUCUUCUGCCUCACGGACCGCGCGCUGCUCUGCUUCUUCUGUGACGAGCCCGCGCUGCACGAGCAGCACCAGGUCACCGGCAUCGAUGAUGCCUUCGAGGAGUUGCAGGCCCUGUGUGUAUUUCAGAGGGAACUGAAGGAGCAGCUUCAAGCCCUUCAGGACAGCGAGCGUGAGCACACGGAGGCACUGCAGCUACUUAAGCGACAGCUGGCGGAGACCAAGUCCUCUACCAAGAGCCUACGGACCACCAUCGGGGAGGCCUUUGAGCGGUUGCACAGGAUACUGCGUGAGCGCCAGAAAGCCAUGCUGGAGGAGCUGGAAGCUGACACGGCCCGCACACUGACUGACAUUGAGCAGAAGGUCCAGCGCUACAGCCAGCAAUUGCGAAAGGUGCAAGAGGGUGCCCAGAUCCUGCAGGAGCGGCUGGCAGAGACUGACAGGCACACCUUCCUUGCUGGAGUGGCCUCCCUGUCUGAGAGGCUCAAGGGGAAGAUCCAUGAGACCAACCUGACAUACGAAGACUUCCCAACCUCCAAGUACACGGGCCCCCUGCAGUACACCAUCUGGAAGUCUCUUUUCCAAGACAUCCACCCAGUGCCUGCUGCCCUGACCCUGGACCCAGGCACUGCCCACCAGCGUCUGAUCCUGUCGGAUGACUGCACCAUUGUGGCCUACGGGAACCUGCACCCACAGCCGCUGCAGGACUCACCAAAACGCUUUGAUGUGGAGGUGUCAGUGCUCGGCUCCGAAGCCUUCAGUAGCGGUGUCCACUACUGGGAGGUGGUGGUGGCAGAGAAGACCCAGUGGGUGAUUGGGUUGGCCCACGAGGCUGCCAGCCGCAAGGGCAGCAUCCAGAUCCAGCCUAGUCGUGGUUUCUACUGCAUUGUUAUGCAUGAUGGCAACCAGUACAGUGCAUGCACAGAGCCCUGGACACGGCUCAAUGUCCGUGACAAGCUUGACAAGGUGGGUGUCUUCUUAGACUACGACCAGGGCCUCCUCAUCUUCUACAAUGCCGAUGACAUGUCGUGGCUCUACACCUUCCGAGAGAAGUUCCCUGGCAAGCUCUGCUCCUACUUCAGCCCUGGCCAAAGCCAUGCCAAUGGCAAGAAUGUCCAGCCACUGAGGAUCAACACUGUCCGAAUCUAGUCAGGGCUGAGGGAGGCCAAAGCCUCCUGGGGCUGUGACCACCAGCAAGAGCUUUGCCCAGCAGAUGAAGGCCUGGACUAUUGAGGCCCACUGUGUCUACCCUGAGACCUCAGGCCAGUUGUUUAACCCCCAGCAUCCUCUGCCCUGCCUGUAAGCUGGAGACUCUGCUCUGUGGUUAAUGUCCUGUAGCUCUGAUCUUAAUGGGAUGUGACAUGGCUUCUCCCCAGGGCAGCCCUUGCCCAACCCCUCAUCCUUAUUCUCCCAGGGACAAGAAAUCUCCCUCCUUCUGCCCAGGUGACUUAGCCUCAUGACAGAGCAGAUGAGAGCAAUAGCUAGCAGCCCAAAAGAUAAACAGAAUCAUCUUAUGCUCGUGGCAUAAGAUAUGACUUGCCCCUGACCAAGAGAGUAAUGGGCCGUUUUACUCGUGAUCCAAGUCCACAGGAGACCCAGGGGGAAGCUGGUCCUAGGGUUAUCUGAGGGUCACCCUCUCCUGCCACCCCUGUACUAAGCUGGGAGCUGGGAGUUUCUUCCUCUCCCACUAAUCUGCAAGUCAGAGGUGAUGCUGUGACAUGUGACAGGUAGCCCACAUGGUACAGUCAUGCCACUAGGGCAGCCUGAGGUAUAAGGACCCCAGAGGCCAAUGCAGAACCCUGUCUGGACAAAGCAUCCAUGGACAAUCCAAGUCUCCAGCAGCUCUAAGGACAGAGGUCCAGCCAGCUCUCUGUGACCUGCUGUGGGGACAGAGAGGGUGCUGGUAACAGUUCUUGUCAUCAGGGCUGUUCAUGGGUACCAUCUUGGACUUAGCAUCUGACUCUCAUAUGGCUUCAUCAGACAAGAAUUCACAAUGAGCUCCCCGGUGGCUUCCAAGAUCACAGGAAGGGUUGGGGGAGGAGAGCCUUGCUGAGUUUCCAGGAACAACUCCAAGCAGCCACAGUGAUCCUGUCUUGUGACCAGGAAAGCUGUUUUCACUUGCCUCAGGAGCUGCUCGCUGCCACCGGCCAUGCCAGCAAGUGAUUGUCCGAGCCUGCCUCCCUCUCUCUCUCCCUCUCUCUCUCAACUCAGGUCCCACAUCUGUGUCUCUCAGAUGGAUUCUUUUUGUGGAAACUUGAGUCAGAACCCGACUUUUGAUAGCAAAGAAGUCUGGGAAGUGUAGUUUUUCUCUUCCAGCCUCAGCCACACAGAAAGUCAGUGUGGAGGUGGAGCAAGCCCACCCACAAUUUCCUUGCCACGGCAUCCAACUGUGAAGAACUCAGGAGAAUUCGUGGAUCCACCUCAAGGCCUUGGCUUUGAAGCAGAUCUACUAAAGAUGUCCAGUUCCAUGGCUCUGUCCCUGCCCAGAGGCGACACUCAGGAGUAGAUAGUAGGAAGAAGUACAACCAAAAUGGCCCCCCAGCCUCACUGUAGUCCUGCGGCUCCAAUCCUCUAUUUGGGAUUUGGUGAGCAUGCCCAUCUCCAGGGAGCCAGAAUGGAGGGACCCGAGGGGCUCCCACUUACAACUGCCCUACACGUGUCCUCAACUCCCAGACUCUGGGCUACUCCUGACAGUAUUUUUAUUUAAAACAUUGCCCUUUCAUGCAUUAUGAUCCAUUUGUAUUAAAUUAAAGUUACAGGGCA